UUGUUUUUAGAUAAUAAACAACAUUUUAAAUAUGGUAAUAAUACUGUAAAAUGAAGACAAAUAAUAGAUUUAGAUAAGCAUCACGAUCUACGUGGCCCACAUGGCUUCAAUUGGGCGAUGUUCUAGGCCUUGGCUGGCUAGCGUCUUUCCUACACGACUAGGCGAGAAAAACAAGACGAUUGUACACAAAUCAUUUUCCACAAAUGGCCGUUAAAGAAGGUGAUCUGGAUUGUGUUACUGAUGUUGAUAUUGAUAGUGAUGGCAUUUUUAAAUACAUUCUUAUCAAAAUAAAAGGCGAAGGCUGUUCAAAGUAUAUUGUGAGAGGGCAUGCUUGGGCCGAGUAUCAUGCAGAUAUAUAUGAAAGGGAAGAAAAAUCACUAGGAAGAAUUAAAAGUGAAUGUGUUGGUGGUGGAAGAAUCAAGCAUGACAGUAAAAACAAACACAUCGUUGUAUAUGGUUACUCAGUAGGCUUUGGAAAGGCUGAUCAUGCUAUCACAGUUGGUCUUUUAAAGAAAAAAUAUCCUGACUAUGAUAGUAUAACAUGGAACAAUGAAGGUUACUAAACAGUAAAGUGUUACCAACAACAACAUUUGAAAAAUAAAACAGAAAACAACCUAUGGAUUGAAGAAGUAAAAAUUGUAUGUUUAACUCCGUAAAUCUAAUAAUUUAAAGUAAAAAUUUGUUUACUUUUAACUCUGUUAACUUUGUUACUACUAACGGUAGUCUCAGAUUGACUUGAUACGAUUGAAGGAAUGUGGCUGGGCAUUAUGUGAAUUUUUAGUCCAUAAUGUUUCAAUCCUGUGUACUCGUAGGAAAUAUGGCUUUGAAUGAAUAUUUGGACACAAUCAUAUGUAUUGUGCCUGGAAUGCUUGAAGUGUAUAAGUAAUGUUCUACAGAAAAAUUUUGAAUUUGUCACGGCAUAACACACAAUGCGUUUGCGCCUCAAGCCUAUUCAGGUAUGGGUGCCUGCCACUAUCCAUAGCAAAAAUUACUUUAUCCAUUAUAUUUUCAACAUCUGUUGUUAGAGUAGCUUUGAUUCAGUGCUACAGUCGCGUUUAUUGUUAAUUGCAAGAGUGAUUGCUAAAUUAUAGCAAUGUUUCUUCACAAACUGUAGCUCUGAAAGUGAAGUGAUCCAUCGUAGCAGAGAUUGGUGUUAAAACAGUUGGGAUUUUAAAUUCCAAGACUGACACAUCUUUUGGUGUAUCAGUCAAUUUCUUUGCAGAGAUUAAUAUGUAUCGCUUUUAUUCUCAUUGAAGACAUUGGUACGAACAGUUGCUGCUGUAGGCCUUUACAAUCUCUUGCCUGCACAAUGUAUGUGAUUUGUACAGUUUUUUGAAGAACCCUUUUGUUUUCUAAGAUCCGAUCUUUUUUCAGUUUUAGAGUUUUAAUCAAGGCAUUGGGUGUGUAGAAUUUUCUUAGAUUAGGACAUAGGUUGAUUGAUGCGCUAUUACAUAUUUGAGCCUUGCCAGGAGCAGAUCCAGAGAUGUCCAAAAGGGGAGCCGAAAGUUGGGCUGAUCGAGACAACACUUUCCUAGGGGGUCCGGGUGAAUUCCCCCGCGCCAUUUUUGUGUUCUAGACGUCUGAAAAUAACAUUUGAGGCGUUCUGGACUGUCAUUUUUUUUUCUUUUUCUUUCUUUUUUUCCCCUUUUUUUUACCUCCCAAAAGGGGGAGGGGCCCUAAAUCCGCCCCUGCUUGCCAUCCAAAAAUUAGCGUACUGUUGCUAAAUGUUAAACUGAGUAAUUUGCAAUAAGUGUGUGCCAGUACUUUAGUACAGAGAAGCUGUAAAUACUGUAUAUUAAAAAGUCAGUUUUGGCAUGGUAAGCUCUAUACAGAGGCGGAUCCAGAGGUGUCCCAAAGCGGGGCCGAUCGAAGUAACACCACCCUAGGGGGUCUGGGAAAAUUCCCCCACGAAAUUUUUGUUUUAUUAAUGCCCGAAAAUAACCUCUGAGGCGUUUUGGGCGAUAAAUCCACCCCUAAAUACACCCUUGCCAUAUAACUUCACUAGACAGUUAUGUGUGAUGAAAUCAUGACAAAAAUUAAAAUCCCAACUGGAAUCACUGCUUUUUUAUGAAGUCUUAAAAAAAAAAAAAAUU